CUGUCAGCUGCUCUGCGGGGACUCGCAGAACCAGAGGGACGGGGUGGUUCGGGUCUGGGCGGACUCGUACAUGGGAUUCCCGACAGGACCUGAAGCAAGAAGUUCCUCUGGAGGCGUUCAGCUUGACCGUCCAGUUUUGGAGUUUGGAGCAGAAGGAAAAAGCAGGAGAAAGAACCUUACAUUUGGCAGCUGAAGUAAAAGCAGUGGACUGAAAGGGACCAAGAAGACCCAUAUGAAGUGAACUGGCAUGGCCGUCUUCAAGCCUGAAAAUGUGGAAGAUUUCUAUGAGAUUGAGGAAGUUCUUGGAAGUGGCCAUUUUGGUCAAGUUCGAAAGGUCCGUGAAAGGACCUCAGGGACUUGUUGGGCAGGCAAGUUCUUAAAGGUUCGAAAAACGGCCUGCAGCCGUCUGGGCCUGGAGCGGAGCAGCGUGGAGCGAGAGGUGGAGAUCCUGCAGGCUGUGAAACAUCUGAACAUCGUCAACCUCAAAGACGUUUUUGAGAGCCGAUCGGAAGUGGUGCUUAUCCUUGAGCUCAUUAGUGGAGGGGAGUUAUUUGACUUCAUCGCUGAAAAGGAGAACCUGUUGGAGAGCGAAGCCAUCCAGUUUAUAAAGCAGAUCCUGGAGGGACUGAGGUUCCUGCACAACAACAACAUUGCACAUUUCGACCUGAAGCCUGAAAACAUCAUGCUGUCAGACAAAGUCGCCCCGCUUCCUGUCAUCAAACUUAUCGACUUUGGACUGGCGUACCACUUCUGUCAAGGGGAGGAGUACAGGAGCUCAAGUGGUACGCCCCAGUACAUUGCGCCUGAGAUCAUAAAUGGUGAACCUCUCAGCACAGCAGCAGACAUGUGGAGCAUUGGAGUUAUUACCUACAUUCUAUUGAGUGGUUUGUCACCAUUCCAAGGCGAGACCGACGAGGAGACUCUGAGGAAUAUUCUUGCCUUAAAGUACGAGUUUGAUAGACACUACUUCAGCACAACCAGCGCCAUGGCCAAAGAUUUCAUAAUGAAGCUUUUGGUGAACAAUUCCAUUGAGAGAAUGACGGCUGACGAGUGUUUGCUUCAUCCGUGGAUAAAGCCCAUCACACGCACGCAAGCAGUCAACAGGAACCGGUCCUCCAUCAAUAUACGGAGCUUCAAGAAGUUUAAUGCAAAAAGGAAAUGGAAGAUGUCCUUCAACAUGGUGCGGAUGUGUAACCAGCUCGUCAGUUUGAGACUACACUGUAAGAGCAGCCCCAAACCAGAUCCAUUAGAGCGAGAAUGUGAAAGUGACGUAGAAGAUUCAGACAGCAAGCCUGCCUCUCUGCUGCGGCGAAGGCUCAGCAGCAGCUCCUAGAGGACGACAGCAAACAUGUUGCUCCGGUCCGGUGAAAGUGUCCUGUUAAGGAGAAUUGCCCCCAGUCUGCAGUACAACACUGUACGAGCCCUGGUGUGUCUGUUUCUUCAUGAAACACCUUCAGGGUGAAGACGUC